AUGUCCGUUCCCGAGCUCACUCCACAGGAUCUGAAGGCCAUCCUCGAAUUCACUACUACCCUCGCGCGCAAGGCCGGUGAGUUGAUCUUGGAAGGUUCCGAAGCUAUCCAAGCCGUAUCUGCCGAGUCGAAUGUCAAUGAGAAGAAGAACUCGGUGGAUCUGGUGACGGAGUACGAUGUUCGCGUUGAGGAGUUGGUGAAGAAGGAAUUGGGGAUCAAGUACCCCAACUUCAAAUUUAUCGGGGAAGAAUCGUACUCGGCGGGGUCGCGUCCGCCCUUGACGGAUGAGCCUACAUUUUGCGUAGACCCUAUCGACGGCACAACGAAUUUUGUUCAUGGUUUCCCAUUCGCCUGCAUUUCCCUAGGGCUAAUUUAUAAACGACGACCGGUGCUGGGGGUCAUCUACAAUCCAUUCCUUAACCAUCUUUACUCGGGCGUGAAAGGACAAGGUUCGCAUCUUAGCCAAGCAAACGGCGAACCCAAGAGGCUUCCGCUCGCAUCCCCACCCAAACCGCUUCCAUCCCUCAACCAAGCUCUCAUCGCCGUGGAGUGGGGUUCGGAUCGCUCUGAAACCACCAUAUCCGCUAAAGCGGCCUCGUUCUCCCGCUUGGCAGGUAACCCAGCCCAGGGUAUCCUCGGCGGCAAAAUGGCACACUCCCUUCGUUCGAUGGGAAGCGCUGCGUUGAAUUACGGAAUGGUUGCACAAGGAAGUCUUGACCUCUACUGGGAGAUUGGCUGUUGGCCCUGGGAUGUGUGCGCUGGGAUCGUCAUCGCUGAAGAGGCUGGUGGACUGGUGACCGGCUCCCAUGACGUUUUUGCUGCGACCUCGACUUCCGAUAAAUUUGGGGAUGUGACGGAGGAUAUAUUGACUGGAAGGAAAUAUGUUGUUGUUCGGGCAAUUGGGGACACUUCAGACGAGAAGGGAGUGGAUGCCCAGAGACGAAUUAUCAAAGAAUUUUAUGAUAGUGUUCAGGAUGUUGCUCCUAAUUGACAUGUGUAGAUUAUACAAGGAGGCCAGCCGAUGGUACUGUUGUGAUAAAAGACAAGUCAGCUUUCAUCCAUCCUUC